AUGUUUCAAUCUCUAUCAUCCGGCAUGGUCAUGGCUCUGCUGGCCACUCUGACAUUUGCGGCACCAGCGCCUUCCACAACCGAAAUUCAUUUUGUCGACAAGCGUGACGCUUCCUUCAACGACUUUGGCGAGUUCGACGGAUCAUCGUCCGCAAAGGGGUACACCGACGGUCAAGGAACGUACAUCAAGAGCGGCGACGACCACAGAUACGGUUUUGUGGGAACAGGCGAGCACUGCUGGACCGACUUCUUCGCAGUUACCAACCGCCUCCAGGCUCUGGACUGGAAGCGUGACGAAGCAUCCGUCGACUGCGCGAGCACCAGCUCAUGCACCAUCGAAAAGGUCGAUAGCGAAACCAAGUGCGCCUCCUGGAACCUCCAGGGCAGCAUUACUGUCGGCGCAGGCAGAGAUAUUUUGAGCAAAUUGCUGAGCAUUGGGGGCGAGGUCGGUCUUGAGGCUGGGGGUGGUGGAGAAUUCUGCACGACUGCUGAAGCGAAGAGCAGCUGCGAUUGGGAGGACAAGUUGUGUCAUCAGGCCUGGCGCUCGGAUAUGCAGAGAGUGCAUGAGGGAUACAUUCGCCGUCGUUGCGACAAGGGUGGCGACCAUACUGUGUGGAUGCACGAUUUGGAAGUCGUUGUUCCACAGAAAGAGACAAGGUUGGGUUGUGCUGCAAUUUGCACAGAUGUUACGUACCCCGACCCAGUGCCCGCUGUCUAG